CUAAGAGACGGCAUAUAUUGUCUGUGUAUGCCUGAACUGUCUUAUCUGAGUUGCCUGCGGUUCUUCAGUUCACUUAUUACUCGCUUCACUUUGAUCUAUCCUGCCCUUAUUUGCCUCUGGUCUCACGUUUAUCCCAGCUAUGGCUGGCUCGAUGCCGUCAAACCUUGACAACAUCCUGUUCUACCUGAUACCGAAAAAUAGCGAGGCCGAGCUCGUCGUGAAUUGCAACCCGGACUACACAUGUGUCGUCGACGGGGUCCGAUGUCUUGCCUGUUACGCUAACCGUCCAUCCAAAAUACGCGGCCGCUUGCUUUCGUUUGGACGACAUAGUGCGAACGACAUCUGCCUGCCAUCAGGCCCCUCCAGUCGGGCGGGAAACAACACAUCAAGCGGUAGCAGAAGGGGUCGCAGCUAUCAGAAUUACCGCAAUUAUCACUUUUUCUUUUUUCUCGCGAAAUCAGGGGAGCUUGUCAUCCGCGAUCUCUCGCCUGGCCUGACAGCAAUUGAAGUUGAAAACGUCACUGCUGACAAGGCAAACCUCUACGCCUUUCAGGGCAAGAAUCCCCGGCAACGAGUCAUUCCACGGGCAGCAGUUGGUUGGUAUAUUCUUUUCGGUACCCGCACCUACUUCAAGUUCAAAUGGGCUCCGGAGUAUACCGAGCUCGACAAUGUUACACUUCGGCAGACCCAGGAUCGCCUUGCUGCGCAGGCACUUGCCCUCCAUGCUGACGGCAUGACCAUGACCCCUCCGGAGAACGAACCCCCUGAACCGCACGCGUAUCAUUUCCCAGAGCUCCGGACCCGCUGCACCACUCGGAAUGGACUCUCGAAGUUGGGUCACUCUAAGGAUAUUCAUAAAUACGAACUCCUAGGCAAAGGGAGUCUUGGCCGCGUGUCGAAAGCUGUAGAUCUUGCCUCGGGGGAAGUAUGGGCAGUCAAGGAGAUCGUCAAGGAGACCAAGGGCGAGAGAGAAAAUGACAGAUGGAGGGAUAUUCUCCUCCGGGAGGUAAAUAUGCUAAGACUCUGUCAUCAUGAGAACAUUGUCCAGCUUGAAUCUUGCCAAAUUCUCAGGUCUUCAUUGAGCUACCAGCUUUUCUUUCGUCUAUACAAGGGGAACUUAUACGACCUGAUAUAUGACGAUCGCUGCGAGAUCUCACCUACAGGGGCCCCGCCGUCCUACUGGAAUACUCUUAUCCAACAGAUGGUCUCUGCUUUGGAAUACCUACACGGGAAGGAGAUCAUCCAUCGUGACAUCAAGCCGUCCAACAUCAUGUACGAUCAGACUACCGACAGUGCUGGCCCUACUUUCUAUCUCGGUGACUUUGGGCUGUCAAUGACACGGGAUGCAAUUAGCGAAGAGUUGCCAGGGGGUGGUACGCCGUUCUACAAUGCCCCGGAACUCAGAGAACGUGGUCAUGUGUCACCAGCGUCAGAUAUCUGGGCGCUUGCCGUCACUCUUGGUGAGACCAGACGCUAUUGGAGCUGCACUGACUCGGAAACGGACACCAGUUUUUGGAGUCGAAGACUCGCACAGUUCGGGUGCAAUAUGGCUGACUAUAACGAACCUGAAAGCAAAGCCGAGCGAUGGACACAUCGUAUUUUGACCUUUGCAAGACAUUGCUCCAUCCCAAACAUCAUGGCUCAGAUGCUCAGCGAAUCACCCUCAAAUCGACCAACAGCCGCGGAACUCAAACUGAUACCGAUUGAACGUUUUAGCGAGUUCUCAUUUGGAAUGAUAGUCGACCGGGAGCAGGUUGUUGAACAAUGGCCGGUUUGCACGGGGCUAAGAAAGAAAGCGAGGAUUGCCACGCCGCCGGCGGAUACGGUUACGGUAAUGGGGGCCUGGGAGAGCCCCGAUGCCCCGAGCACACGAAUUGAGGCUUCCGAGCACGAAAUUUUCGACACAGUCCAGCAGCCUUCUGCUUCAAGGAUUGGACAUACAGUCUCGAGUCGGAAGAGGAUGCUGGAAGAGGCCGGUACAACGCAUCAAGGUUCAGAGAAGAAGAGACGUCUAGCAAGAGCAUCGGGAGUUCCUGGCAGAGCAGGCAGACCUGCCGUAUCGGCGAACACAAGCGAGGAAACCCCUGGCGAAGCCAGCGCGAUAUCUAACCAGGCAGCAUUCUACACUACCCCGCCACCAGCCUUUUCUUUUCUCCCCAAUGUUGACUGGCGCGACCAAGGGUUCGAAGAACCGGACGGUGAUGGACCCUUGCUCGGCUCAUCCCGGGAGUGACCGUGGCCGUCAACUCCUCAUUCCUCAAUCCUGUGAUCAGACAACACACUACUAUUUCUUGGCCUUAGCUGUGAGGCGCGAUUUGCUAUGAAGUAUAGUCAUCAGCGCGAGGCGGUUCGUCUAACAGCAUGAGUUGAUUGCUCCCUUUCUCACCGCUCCUCUUCCUGAACCUAGGUCAGCUGGGCCAAUUCGAAGUCAUAAGGAAUCUCGAAAGUCUCCUGUUACGUUUAUCAUUCGAAAAGGCGGCCGACUUUCUGGUCAAGACUCAAGCGGCGACCAAACAUGGUCUGCUGUGCCGCACCAUCGGGAGGGUCCCAACAAAGCCCAACCUCCAUGGGCAGGGUAGCGAUAUGUGAG